AUGGAAUUUUUUUUUGUAAUAGAAAUCAAUCCUAAUCGUCUCACUAUUGAAGAAUUGAAGAAAAAGUUGAGUGAUUAUGGAAUUGAUACAGAUAUAAUAAGUGAUAAUAGAGUUGUAUUGGCAGAAAUUUUACAAAAUAUAUCGAAUGAUGAAACAUCAAAACAAGUCUCAGACAUGCUAUAUAACGAAACUAUUGACACUGAUUUGGAUUCAAGGCAAGUUUCAGAGUAUAAAUUAGAUUUUUUAUUAUCAAGUGGAUGGGCUUUAAAAGAAAAUCAGAGAUUUGGUAAAAAGGGAGGAGGUAAACGAAUGAGCAAAAAUGUUGUUUCAUACCUUGAGGCAUAUUUCUUGGCUGGAGAUAUAAAUAAAAGCGAAAAAAUAUACGGCUCAAGAAAUGCAGAAAUGCAUAAUGAACUAAAAGGAUUAGUAGAAGGAGGAAUUUUAGAAAAAGAAGAAAUUCCAAAAAUUUUCACAAUUAGUAACUGGAUUGCUCGAUAUCUAGUUAAAUGA